AUGAACGGAACACGCCCCAACCGUCGUCAUUACCAAUACCGUGCCGGUCAGGCUCCCAAAAAGCUCAGCCAAGCUGAGAAGAAGGAGCUCGCACUGGGUGACUACUCAGAUCCCACGAAGGGAUAUGGUCGGAACUCGGCUCGGGUCCUUUCUUUCAAGGAGACCGGCAUUCGGUACACCAAGAACUACGUCGAGAACAAGGAGGCAUGCGAUGCUCUUCGAAGGGCCAGAUUCGAGAUGAAGGUGCCCGUUUGGCCACGCGAUGAGUCUGGCGAACGCGUUAUCUGGCACAGCGUCCAGGUGGAGGACCAUCCUUCGGGCCGUGCGAAAGAUGCCGCUGAAGCGAAGAAAAUGAACCUGUUCUACCCCCACCAGGAUUACGCCGGAGGUUUGAUCUGUUCGGCCCCCUUCUCCAAGGGCGAGAAAAGCUUCUGUUCAGAGUCCACCACCGAUACCCCUGAUACCAACGAAGGGGUGUGGGCUUGCCAGGCUAUGGCCGUUGCAGAGAUCCGCUUCAACAUCCUCAAGCACUUGUCUUACCCUGACAUCGGCGCUCUCCAAGGCACCUGCACCAUGUUGGCGAACCAGAUCAUGAGCACCCCUGCGCUCUGGGAUAUGACUUAUGCCAAGUGCAACUACAGCGAGUUUACUAAGGAUGAGUUCGCCAUCUUGAAGCAGAACGGCGAAGCUGGCGAGGAGGCCCAACAGGGCAACAGCGAGUUCGUGAUGGUCAGCCAGACGCAUAUGGGCCUCAAAAAGACCCUCAUGCAGGACCAACCCGUCAACGUGGUCCAAAUACGGGGACUGCUCAGCGUCGGCAGAAGCCUUCAGCUCAGGGGUGACACCAUCAAACGAGUGUGCUUCAACCGAGUGAACUUCUUCGACGCAGGCGUUUUCGCCACGUUUCUCGACCAGAUGCACAAUUUGGAGCGCGCUGAUAUUACGAGCUGUGACCUCAUUCGCUACCAUCACGUCCCUGCCUUGCUCGACACCGUACACACUCACAAUAAAAAAUACCAAACCAAGGUGUUGCUUGACGUCGCUCCCAGAUACCACGUUGGACCGCUCUGGGAGAAUGGACCGGACGGAAACGACCGCGAGGGUGCCUAUGGGCUGACUUAUAGCAACCCCGGAAUCAAGAUCCCGACGGCUGUGUGCAAGUUGUUCAUAUACGACAUCGCUCCGCGCCUAAAGAAGACCGGACAGAUGCACAUGAUGCAGAGCAACGCGCUGUUCCGACGAUUCCUCGAGAAGCUCCCACUUCAUAGCAAGACUGUGCCUCGCAUGGAGGCUGUAGCUGAGCACAAAGACUACCUGAAGAGGCUCUUCGCGAAAGGCAAGAUCAACGACCAGCAGAAAGCCAAGCUGGAGAUCCGCUGCGCCUUUGCCGAGCUGGUUACCGUCUUCGGAAAGGAAGGCUGGAUUCAGCUGCUUGAGGACGGGUUGUACUCAACCAGUGAACAGGGAACCGCAGAGAAUUACGGAGUCUGGGCUGAUACCGCCGAGUGCAACACGUGCCGCACGAACCUGGCGAUGAUGUACUACACGUCCGGCUACGUCUGCGAUAGUUGUCUUAUGAAAACCGCCGUGGACCGCGAGAAUUACCACUAUAAGAGGCGGAAGAUGCAGGCCACCAGUCAUCUGGGAUGCGGCUACCCCGGUGGACCACUGGUUCCCCUGGAGAAGACCAACAUGGACUACAGCGUCAUGCGUUACGCCGACGGCACCCCUCGCAUCACCCAGAUGGACGACUUCGAUUACUUCGUCGAGUUUGACAUCCACAAGCUGCGCGGCCUGUUCAAAUUUGUGCGCGGAAUGGACAAUGAGGGACACUCUGGAUUCAACCUCCGUGACUUGGGCUUCCAGCGGAAGCACCCAUACGACCGGUGCUCGCGUCCGAGCGACACCCAGUCCCACAACCUGGGCUUCAUGACGUACCGCAGGCCCCUCUCGCUCGAGGAGAUCCAGAAGCUGCCCAAGGGCAGGGUCUUCACUUACAUCGGGCAGUUCUGA